AUGCGAGCAGCUGCCCCCCGCCCCCUGCCCCCCUUCGCCACCUCGGGCUUCCGCCCCCGCCCCCGCCCCCGCCCCCGCCCCCACCCUCCGGCGGGCAGACGGGCGCGCCGGCGCCGCAGCCAGUGUCGCCACGGUUCCCGUCGGACGCAGGCGCGCGCUCUGCCACCGACAACUCGCCACCUCGCCAGCUGCUCGCCGCGUCCACGCUCGCCUGUGCCACUGACGUCUGCAGCAGACACCCCAUCACCGAGGCGUCUCCCAGGCUCCUCGCCAGUCUACCAGCUGCCGCCUCAUCCACAGCCCUAUAUGAUAUACGCCGGAUACAACGAUGUGGCGGUGAACGGCGGCGGCGGGGGCGGAACGAGCUGCGCCAUGUUCGCGAGCGGCGGCUCUGCAUCCGGGGGCGGCAGCACGUCGGGCAGCGGCAGCGCCGCCAGCAGUGGGGGCGGAGGGGGCGUCUUCGACAGCGGCGUGGCGUCGUUCGCGCAGGCGGCGGCGGCGGCUGCGGCGGCGGCGGCCCACCAGCACCAGCACCACCGGCCCGUGCUGCCCCACCACCACCACCACCAUCACCACCACGCGCAGUACGCGCCCACUGCCGCCACAGGGGGCGCGCACGCGCUGGUGGGCGGCGGGGGCGGCUGGGCGGCGCCGGUGUCGGCGGACGGCUACAUGGCGCCGUCGCAGCACCACGGGCACGCCUUCUACCCGCAGGGCCCCGCCGUCGUCAUGUCGUCGUGGCGCGCCUACGACGGCGCCGCCUCCUUCCAGCGCGCCUCGCCCUACGACAGCGCGAUGGAGUUCCACUUCGGCGAGGGCCGCGAGUGCGUCAACUGCGGCGCCAUCUCGACUCCGCUGUGGCGGCGCGACGGCACGGGCCACUACCUGUGCAACGCGUGCGGCCUCUACCACAAGAUGAACGGCAUGAACAGGCCGCUGGUGAAGCCCUCCAAGCGCCUGACGGCGACGCGGCGCCUGGGCCUGUGCUGCACCAACUGCGGCACGCGCACCACCACGCUGUGGCGGCGCAACAACGACGGCGAGCCGGUAUGCAACGCGUGCGGCCUCUACUUCAAGCUGCACGGCGUCAACCGGCCGCUCGCCAUGCGCAAGGACGGCAUCCAGACGCGCAAGCGCAAGCCCAAGAAGCCCGCCUCCGCCGGCGCCGCCGCAGCCGCAGCCACCGCCUCCGCCGGCGCCACCCCCAGCGCCGGCUCCACCCCCGCGUCGACCACCUCCGCCUCCGCCGCUGCCGCGACCGCCUCCUCGCCGCAGCAGCCAGUUUCCUCUUCGGGCGGGGAAUCGCCUGUAUCAGACAAGAAGAGCCCAUCUGGAGACCACCGCAGCCAUCACCUGCAGCAACAGCAGAAACAAGAAGAGCGGCAGCAGCAGCAGCAGUACCUGUCGCAGACGAUGAUCCCAGCUUGCGUCGUCAAGACGGAGCCUCCAGAAAGCGGAAGGCAGCUCCACUCGUACCACCAAGGCCACCAGCAGCAGCACGUGGCGCACCAGUCGCACCACCAGCUGGCCCACCACCAGGCUGCUCAGCACCACCACCAACAGCAGCAUCACCAGCACCAUCACCACCAUCAACAGCAGCAGCAACAACACCAGCACCAGCAACACCAGCACCAGACCUUCCCAUUCGCGCCUCCAGCUGGGGACGUCAGUGCUUACAUCAUGGGUCACCACCACCAUCACCACAUGGCAGCCACCAAGUUAAUGGCAACUACUUAAAUCCGUGUGUUUUGAGUCCCCUGUGUUGGCUCGAGAUGUUGUGCGCGUCCUGGGCGUGUAAGCAUUUAGUUUUUGCUAGCGUCCACCUCUUAAAUGCGUUCAGUAACAUCGCUUAUCCAUUAUGCAC